UACAGGCACAGCUCACAGCCACUGUCGGAAUGUUUUACAAAUUCUAGCGUUCAAAGGAGAGUAUGGGGGAGUAGCAUCACUUUAUGAGUUGGAAGAAGAGCUUCGAUCUUUGAUGGUGCCUGUAGCAUGAUAUUUCUCACCUGGAAUCGAGCAAAUCCGACAUAACAACGAAAAUGUCACAACAACAGCGGAUCGUCCAACUGUCGACCGCCUCGCUCGCGCUGGUCUUCUGCAAUGACGAGGAGUGCUCGAUAGCCACGGGUGGAGGGAAAUACAACGCUGCAAGCGGGCAGGAGAUUUUUGCGGAUUUUAAAGCGCAAAAUCUGCGCAGUUUUUGGAAUAAAAGACUUGUGAAAGCUAUAGCUGAAGUUUACUUUCAAGGAUGGAUGGAGAAUUUGGUGUUGUUCGUCCAUGGGAAUGCCAACAACAUAGAGGUGCUGAGGGAAGCUUGGAUGCGCAGAGCGCUGAGGUCACCCAAAGGGUUUGUCAUCAAAGCAGUGGGUGACCUGUCCCUAGUGCAGAUGUCUGCAGUGGCCCAGUCUCAGUUCAUCCCUCUAGCCGAGGUCCUCUGCUGUGUCAUCUCUGACAUGAACUCCUCCAACAUCACCGUCAACCAGGAAGCCCUCAUCAGUCACAUGACCAAGGCUCACCCAGGUAUGACCAUCCCUACUCAGGACAUCCUGUACAAUGCUCUGGGAUCGUUGAUCAAAGAGAGGAAGAUCUACCACACAGGAGAGGGCUAUUUCAUUGUCACUCCUCAGACCUACUUCAUCACCAACAGCCUGGUGAGAGAGAAGAGCUGGUGGACCUCAGGGUCUGGAGCCAACGAGCUGCCCUCCCCUCCCCCCAUCACCUACCUGCUCAGUAAUGACACCCUGGAGAGCCACCCACAGCCCCCUCUGGUGGCCCACUGCAAGUCCUGCAGUUGCUUUGCCCCUGCCCAGAAAGUGACCAAUGCUGCUACUACGGCCACUACAGCCGCCCUCCCAGACCAGCACUCGGUUUCUGUUUCUUUUAGCGAAUGCACAGGGAAGAGCCUGAAGUGGCCCCGGGACCACAAGCCUCAAGUCCAGCACCAGUCGACCUCGACGGCCGCAGACUACCAGGCUAGCGAGGUCAGCAAGACCACUACGGCUACCACCGCCGCCGCCAGCCGCAAGGACAAAGACAAAGAUGGCAAGGAGAAACCGGGGAGGAGGUUUGGCCUCAGCCUCUUCAGGAGGAACGGAGGGAAGAAGGAGAAAGUGAAGAAAGAGUACGCCUCGUUCUCGGGUCAGUUCCCUCCGGAGGAGUGGCCGGUGAGGGACGAGGAGGAUCUGAACAAUCUGCCCAGAGACCUGGAGCACGCCAUCAUCAGACGCAUCAACCCUGAGCUCACUGUGGACAACCUGACACGCCACACUGUACUAAUGAAGAAACUGGGGGAGAGAGGGACUGAAACAGAAAGACGAGGGGAAAGAGGGGUGGAAAGGGAUAGAGGGUUGGACAAGGGGGACAGGAUAGACAGAGGGGACAAGGUUGUGGACAAGGGCAUGUCCACUGAGAUCCUGACGAGCUCCAAGUCCAGACACCACCACUCCUCCCGGCCCGGAGCAGGGGCUGGGGGCAGGAGAUCUACUUCCAAGGCCUCUCGCAGCAAGAGGACCCAUUCCUCCGGGGAGAAACAGAGAGACAGGCUGAAGACUAAGGCCCCAGUGUGUGUGGAUGUGGACCCAGACAGGGAUGACCUGGUCCCCUCUCGCCUCAGACCAGAGGUCCCUAUCCAUGAACCAAACCACAGAGAGGAUCCAGGAGCGGUGGAGGGGAAAAGCCUCUAUAAGAAACGCAUUGACAACCCCUUUGAGGGUCAACCAUCUGCGAAAGAUACAGCCACAACCCAGACUGUGGCCCCUAGCAUGACCCACAAAGAACAGAGGAGGAGAGAGGGAAAGGAAGUGAAGGAGGGGAAAGAGGGGAAGACUUCAGGAGGAGGGAGGAGAGAACGUGCGGGACACCGCUCCAAAUCCUGGGACCCGCACAAAGAGACCGCUGAUGACACAGAGCAUGCUGGGAAGUCUCGUACAACCGAGGACAGGUCAUGUGACCGUCUCCACGAGAGGGUGUUCACCACCGACCUCCUCCUCUUGCACCCCUCUGUCACCAAACCCCCCAGAGAAUUACCGUCAGACUACAGCUCGGCAUACCCCCAGAGCAGCACCCUAAGGAUAGACGACAAGGUUAGAAAUCAGAGGGAGAGGAAGAACAGAGGGAGGAAGAGCAGGGAGGGAGGGAAGGAGAAGGAGGGAGAGGAUAGGAUGACACAGCAAGCAGAAUAUGGCAGUACAACAGACCACAGACACCCAGCAGUAACACGCCAAACCCUGGACUCUGAUGCUAUCCUCCCUAGUACCCACCUCUAUGACCCAGUCCCUGCCCACCUGUGCGACCCGGCCGUGCCCUGGCCAAAGCCUGCUGUGCAUCGCAGGCACUCCUUCAAACACACAGACACACAGGGAGACCUAACCCACAGGCCUGACCUGCUCUCCUCUCACCAACAGGCCUGCAGUACCACCCAUAACCAGCAGGGGCUGGUACACAGCAGCGUUGGCAGUAGAGAGCACAGGAGUCCAGGGCAUGGAAAGGGGGACAUUGAUGGGUUAAUGGUGGAGAGUAAUGGCUUUAUGAUAGAGAGUGUUGAGUUUAUAGAAGAUGAUCACAGGCUUUACCAGAGAGCAGAGGAAGAAGAUGAGGAUGCCUGUAGUUCUCUGUAUCUGAGUGAGGAGGGAGUCAUUGACAACAGAGAGGGCUAUCAAACAUGCAUGUCUCACUAUCAUGACUCUCAGUCCCUCUACCAUGAUCCUAAGACCAUAUACCAAGACACUCACUUCGACCACCAAGACCCUACUCUCUACCACGACCAACCUCACUCCCCUACCCACUACCACGACCAACCUCACUCCCCUACCCACUACCACGACCAACCUCACUCCCCUACCCACUACCACGACCAACCUCACUCCCCUACCCACUACCACGACCAACCUCACUCCUCUUACCACGAGCCCCAACCCCACUUCCCUGACCCCCAUUCCCUCCAAGGAGACUGGGAUAGUGCUUAUGCGGAGGAGCACUCUUCUACCAUCCACCAAUACCCCCCUCUGUCCCCAAACAGCCCCCACGGACAGGAGGAGGAGAGGUGUGUCAGGGUGAGUCGCUCUACCCUUAGCCACCCGUCAACAGGGACCCACAGCGAUCCCAGUCCCAGGCGAGGAGCCCCGAUCCUUGGGGAGAGACGCGACGCCAGCCUCUCCCUGGAGGGUUUGGAGCUUGCUGGGGUGGCAGACAGCAGCAUCUUUGACUACUGCCAGACCAGCGAGGUGGAGUCGGACACUGAGACCCUCCAUAAGUCAGCAGAUGAGGGGGAUGGGGAGUCGGCUCACUGGGGGUGCGGAGUAGAGGAAGAGGAGGAGGAAGAGGGGGGCUUUGAGACCCUUGGGGAGAGAGGAGGCCCUCAGAGCUCCAGUAUCAGUCUGGGCAUGCCCAGUGGAGCUGGAGGGGGAGAGAUAAUGGGGGAGGCGGGGGAGAGUCAGAGCAACACUGGAGACAGCGGGAUAGACUCGCCACGGACCCGUGUGACUCUGGCGACCAACAACACAGUGAUUCUGGAGGGUCUAAAGAGAAGAGGUUUCCUACAGAACCUGGAGAAACUGCACUCCAAAAGCUCCGCCAUGAGACCACAGAGCUCUUUGCUACAGCUCACACCAGUCAUGAACGUAUAAGAAACCAUAGGCCCCCAGAUGCAUCUCCGAGGGAGGGACAUUGAGCUCCCUUACGCAGCUCCCUGAUGCAGCUCCGUCUGUUCCGCCAUCAAAAAGCGUGGGAAGUAGGAAGAACGUGCUAUCAGAUAUCGGGAUCACAGCCCCAGUCUUCUUGGACUUAUAGCAUCUGUUUUUUCCCCCACUGCUGUCAUUAACCUGCUGUGAACACCUAGCUUUUCCUCAUUGUCUAUGCUGGUUAUUUAUCCAGUCGUCCAGACCUGCCCCAGUGGACGUCCUUGUAUAUUUUAUUUCCCCCCAUUCUGUAUAUAACAUUUAUCAACAAAUAUAUCCUGAGAUGUAUUCAGCUAACGACUAGUGAAUCUGCUGUGAUGAAUGCAUGAUCAGUCAAUAGGUGGUGUGGAUGUAAGAGGUUGUACUAUGAGUUGGCAUGGUUUUUCCACUACAUUCCACUUGGCCUGAAAUGACAAAAGUACUCAGUACUGUAUUAUUAUUAUUUUUGACAUCUUUCCUUGUAGCCAUGUGUAACACAUAUAAAUAUUUA